AUCAGCAAAAACUCACAGUUCGAUGUCAGGUGUUCAGUUUGUCAAGUCGAAGGCUGACUUCCAAUUGUAUCUCAGCAACAACAAGUAUCUCAUUGCCAACUUCACCGCCUCCUGGUGUGGGCCGUGUCAGGCCAUCAAGCCUCUAGUCGAUGAUCUCUACGCCGAACCACUCUACGGUAAAUUGGAGAUUGUCAGAAUUGAUUUAGACGCCAACCAGGAGUUGGCCACCCAGUACAACGUCACGGCGGUGCCCACGUUUCUUUUCUUCGAGAACGGCGAGGUGGUCGACACCGUGAGAGGUGCUUCGGCCAAAUUGAAGGAUUCAUUUGAACAGUUGAGGGCAAAAGCUGAUUCUGAUCCCACCGCCAUUGCCAGAGCAGGAAAUGCUACCACCAGUGCUGCACCCGCACCCGCUUCUUCUGCUGCCUUGAAGGAAAUCGUGCUGUUUAUCCCCAAAGGUUAUCUGGUGUUGAAUGAUAAUGUCCACUUUGGGGAUUUUGAGGCUUUAAACACCCAGGCCCUCAACUCUAAUACCAGCAUCAAAGAUGUGUUUGACCUCUCCAAGCCGUCGACUUCUGUUUUCUCGGAUGCCGAUUCCCAGAUCUUGUUGUACGUGCCCUUGACGCAUAUCUCCAAAAUAUACUCCAUUCUCAUCAAGACCAAGAAGCCUGUUCAAGUGAGUGAAACCACCUUGUUGGACGAGGACGACGCCGAGGAAACCCAAUUGCCCAACUUGAUCAAAGUAUGGGGCAACAAGCUCAAUAUCUUGGCAUUUGAAGAUGCGGCCGGCGAUAAUGCUGCUCCUCACAUCGAGAAGUUAUCAUUGCCAGAUGAGGAAGGAUGGUAUGAGUGCAGAUUGAAAUUUGUACGGUUCCAAAACGUGCAAAGUUUGAACCUUUUCUUCGACGGGGACGAUGAUGACUUCCAUACUGUCAUCGACAAGAUUGCCAUUGUGGGACUUGGAGGAGAACAGAAAGAUCAGAAUAUCAUUGACAAGCUUAGAGGUGAAGAUCAGUGAGCAGUAAAAUGGCAGUAGGUAAAACAGUCUAUAUAUUUAUUGUACUUGUGUUGACGACACACUGGUUCCAUAAUACAAACAGUCCCAACCUUCGAGACCAUUCCCUGUUGUUGGUAGGUUGGUUAUUAACUCCUU